UGGACGUUGUUUUAUCUGGAUUCCUUACGAAUCAUAUGUAUAUACGAUAAGUAAUCAGCAUAAUGGUAUGUAAUUUACUCUACGAUAUAUUAGCUUUUUAAUUAUAUUUAUGUAUUUUAGAUAUAACCGUGGCGAUGUUAGUAAUAGGCUAAUGAAUAAUCAAAAUACCAAACGUCCUUACGUUAUUACGUAAAUAAAAAUUGUAACGCCUUAUAUCGAUCAAGAUUUUGUAUCGUAAAUUACUUGAGGAGGGAGGGGAAUGUAACACGGUAUCCACUUCAUCAUUUUAUUCUUCGUAAAAUGGCAAUAGGCGAAAGGGAUUUUUUUUUUUUUUUUUUUCUCGAAUUAAUCUGGAAGUGGUUCAUAACUUGUGGUAAAUACAUAACGUAGGCGUAUCGUUAAAUACGACGUGAUUUUAUUUAACUAAUUAGCCCUAUGCAAAUCCUUGUAAUAUUCGCAUUUUCCCCGGUGCUAAUUAGCUCGUUAAUUGCACUAUUGAGACACGGAUACAGGUACCUUUACCUUAUAAUUAGCCAAGUAACGCACCGGUCGUACUUCUGAUUUUCUCUUUGAUGUAUGUACAUACAUAAUGUACUCUUUACGUUUCCUUUCUCCAUAUGCUCUAAAAUGCUUGUAUAGACAAUAAAGUUGUUGCUUCGGCGAAGGUUACUCUGCUGAUAGCAUUUACGAAUAAGUAGUUAAACAGAAUAAGAACAAAGAGGUGAAACAUUUGGGGAACGAGACGAAAUUUUUAACGAAGCAUCAUUAUUUAUCGCUAGGAGGAUGUAAUGAAAUGUACGAACAUGAUUGUGUUUAUAAUUAAAUAAUAAUAAUAAUAAUAAUAAUAAUAAUAAUAAUAAUAAUAAUAAUAAUAAAAAAAAAUGCAAGUUUUUGUUGCAUGUCCGCUAGAUGGACGCCAAUUUUUUAGUCUAUAAAAUGCCUAUUUUUCUUAUUUUCGAUGCCAGUCGCAUAUACCUAAAUGACAGUCCAAAUAGAGACCAGAGCGCCAUUCUUUGCACUGUGAGAACACCCACGAACGGAAUACAAAGUUUCUCAAAACACAAAGCUACCGCUUCAAACGUCCCCACGAGAAUGGAAAAACUUCCAUCCGUAACGGGAAAACGACGCUUUUCCCGGAAGUAGAUGUCGCGGUAAAUUUAUCGGAGGUGUACGCUUCGGCGAGACGGUCGACCAUCAGCAGAGGUCGCCACAAGUAUGCUCGACAGCGCAAUCAUUCGCAGCUCGUGUAUGUAUGUGAUUAAAUUGUGUAUUAGGUAUUAAAAAUACAAGAAACAGGAGACAAAGUUGAAGAGAAGACCGGAGUCACGACUUUUGACAUCAUUUCCAUAUUGUCUUCAGAAAUGCACCAAUCAGAUUCAUCGUUAAAGGAUGCGUUGAGCGGAGUAUGGUGGAGUGCAACAGUCCUCUUCGAAGCUUCGUCCGUUUGGCAUGUGUCUGCAACAGACCUAUUCGUGUACUUUCUUGGUUAAGUAUCGGCCGAUAACCGAAUACAUAUACCGAACAAUGCCGAGUGGUGCCGACUGGUCUUGGUCGGGAAGGAAGAUGAAUUUUUUGUUUUCGUCGAGUUUCUGGACAUCCUUGAUGGCUUUCUUCACGACUUCCGUCUUCUCCUAUAAGGCAACCUCCUACUUGAUUGUCGGAAGAAGAGUAUAUCUGCGAACGAUAAACGCCACGAAGAAUAAGAUCGCAAAAGUUAUCUCGUCUCGAAUCCGAUCACAGCCAGUUCCUUUCAUCUCGGUGGCUGUUUUAAUAGCCAGCCAACCAGCCACGCGAAGUAUUUCAUUAGAAGGCCGGAGAUUCUCGACGAAUAUUAUGGCAGGAACGAGAAAGUAUGUCUUUCCUUACGUGGUCCUGGUCUGAAUCCACGAGACAGCAGUUCCUUCGUCCUGGCGCGAAAGGAAAGUUUAAUAAGCGUUGGCGAGCCGCAACAAGUUCGGUACACAUGUUUCUGUACACCACAAGUCGAAGAAACUCGUUUCACAGCAUGAGAAUCUCAGAUUUAAGAUUUCUAUCAAAGAACGAAGAUAGUUGGUCUCUUUAGACAGUGAAAUCCUCGUUGAAACGAAACUUGAGCCGAUCCAGGGAUGCAUCCAUCACGAAGUAUCUCGUUCAUCGAGUGCACGGAUAAAGAAGAUUUGAAAGAAGAGAAGAAUACACUAUCAGAUGACAAUGAUGAUGGAGUUUGAUCGGGUCUGAUGCACCGAUGAUGCAGAUAGUAGUCUAGAACGUUGGUAGAUCAAUGCCAAGAAUGACAAUAACGUCGGAUAACGUAGGAUAACGUAG